UUGAAGGCGCGACGCCGUGUAGCAGCGUAGAAUUAUCGUAGGUAUAUUUUUUUCAUCUGUGCAAACGCGUAUUCGCGUCAGCGAUGUUCUUUAUAGUUUCGAUGCGAUGACCGCGACGUAUUCGUGAUUAUUUGCACGUGCUUUAGAGCCCUGCCCGUUUUUCGUUUUCCCCGUUCCUAUCGCGUGCUUGUUCUACGCGGUUUUCGCGAACGAGAAUCGCGGAAACGCCGGAUGAGUGCUGCAUAGCCGACGAUGACAUGUCGCGACGGGGUCGAUUCAGUGAGUGUGCAAUAGUGUUAAUCACGGUGCUGGCGAUGAUCAUCGACGGGCGAUUAGUAUGACGACAAGCUGACGGUUGCAUCCCUGUUCUACCUCCUCACGGCGUCGGCGGGGUUGACGAUUGAGCGGACAGUGGAAGGAUGCUGGGUAGCGUGGGAGGUCGACACGUGUCCACGCGUCGGCGUGGCAGCAAUCAGCUGGUGCGUGGAAGUGUGGGCCUCACCAGCUAUAGCACCGUGCUGGGUGGCGGUCCCGGAAACGCCGACGGCGGAGCGACGCAUUCGGAAUCAAUGCCCAAAUAUGCCACCAGAAGACGAAGGGCUGUCACCACCAGCGAUCAUAAGAGCUGCGCUCUCAUACAGACGCGGCUCAAGCUUGGCGAUAUUAUGUUGGCAGCAGCGCAAGAGGCGGCACAAAGGGACCCUGGAUACGCGAGUCAGUACUACGGGAGAAGGUCGAGGUUGGCCGGAUUGAGGAGUGGUCUCGGUGACUGGACUAGCUUUGGAGGGGAGGUACCUGGUCAGGACAUGGCGCCAGGCCGGGAUCAAGGCGGUGGGGCGGGUGGUGGUGGGGUGGGCGGCAAGGGCACCACGUCGCUGUUCAUCCUGUCGGAGGAUAACUGCAUACGGAAGCACACGCGCUUCAUCAUCGAGUGGCCGCCCUUCGAAUACGCCGUCCUGCUCACCAUCAUCGCUAAUUGCGUGGUCCUCGCCCUCGAGGAGCAUCUGCCGAAGGGGGACAAGACCAUACUCGCACAGAAGCUCGAGGCCACGGAGAUCUACUUCCUCGGGAUCUUCUGCGUCGAGGCGAGCCUCAAGAUCCUCGCCCUCGGCUUUGUCCUCCAUCGCGGCUCCUACCUGCGCAACAUCUGGAACAUCAUGGACUUCUUCGUCGUGGUGACCGGGAUCAUCACGGCGUUCUCGUCAGGCAUGCAAUCGGAAGGCAAGGAAAUGGAUCUGCGCACGUUGCGUGCGAUACGCGUGUUGCGACCGCUCAAACUUGUCUCCGGCAUACCGAGUCUUCAGGUGGUGCUCAAAUCUAUCAUCAAGGCGAUGGCGCCGCUCCUGCAGAUCGGCUUGCUGGUACUCUUCGCCAUCGUGAUAUUCGCCAUCAUCGGCCUCGAGUUUUAUUCGGGAACUCUGCAUAAAACGUGCUACAGUAUAAUGGACAUCAAUAUAAUCAUAAAGGAGGGCGAGCAGCCGAGCCCGUGCAACACGGACAUCGAAAGUGAGGCCCCCCUCGGGGCCCACGUGUGCGACCAGAACGUCUCGACGUGCAUGGAUCACUGGGAGGGACCAAACUCGGGCAUCACCAGCUUCGACAACAUCGGAUUCGCCAUGCUCACUGUCUUCCAGUGUAUCACUAUGGAGGGCUGGACUGCCAUAUUGUACUGGACAAACGACGCUCUUGGCAGCACGUACAACUGGAUUUACUUUAUACCAUUGAUCGUCCUCGGAUCAUUCUUCAUGCUGAACUUAGUUCUUGGUGUCUUGAGCGGAGAAUUUGCGAAGGAGAGAGAGAAGGUGGAGAACCGACAGUCCUUCCUGAAGUUGCGAAGACAGCAGCAGCUUGAGCGCGAGCUGAAUUGUUACCUCAAUUGGAUCUGCAAAGCAGAGGAGGUGAUACUCGCGGAAGAGAGGACCACGGAAGAGGAGAAAAUGCACAUAUUAGAAGUAAGAAGAAGAGCAGCGGCGAAGAAAAAGAAGCUGAAAAAUCUCGGCAAGAGCAAGAGCACCGACACGGAGGAGGAGGAAGGCGAGGACGACGGGGACGAUGGGUUCUCGAGAGCCUCCUACUUCAAGUCGAAGGUGAAAAAGCAGGGCACGUGCCUGCAGUUUUGGCGGGCCGAGAAGAGGUUUAGGUUCUGGAUACGCAAUUCCGUCAAGUCGCAACAGUUCUACUGGUUCGUCAUCGUCCUUGUGUUCUUCAACACCGUCUGCGUGGCCGUCGAGCAUUACGAUCAACCGAAGUGGCUCGACGAUUUCCUCUACUACGCAGAAUAUGUAUUCCUAGGCCUCUUCAUGAUGGAAAUGUUCAUAAAAAUGUAUGCGCUCGGUCCUCGCACAUACUUCGAAUCGAGCUUCAACCGCUUCGACUGCAUCGUCAUCUCGGGCUCGAUCUUCGAGGUGAUCUGGUCCGCGUUGAAGUCCGGCUCUUUCGGCCUCUCCGUCCUACGUGCCCUUAGACUCCUGAGAAUUUUUAAGGUCACCAAAUACUGGAAGAGCCUGAGGAACCUCGUGAUAUCGCUGCUGAGCUCGAUGCGCAGCAUCAUUUCUCUCCUCUUCCUGCUCUUCCUCUUCAUUCUUAUAUUCGCGCUGCUCGGUAUGCAGCUGUUCGGCGGCCAGUUCAAUUUCAAAGAAGGCACGCCGCCCACCAACUUCAACACCUUUCCCAUCGCACUACUCACUGUCUUCCAAAUCCUGACUGGAGAAGAUUGGAACGAAGUGAUGUACCAGGGUAUCGAGUCGCAGGGUAUGGCUCACUCGCUCUACUUUAUCGUGCUGGUGCUCUUCGGUAACUACACUCUGCUGAACGUCUUCUUGGCUAUCGCCGUCGACAAUCUCGCGAACGCGCAAGAGCUAAGUGCCGCCGAGGAGGAACAGAAGGAGGAGGAUAAGGAGAAACAGUUGCAGGAGCUCGAGAAGGAGAUCGAGUCGUUACAAAAGCCAGGGGACGGUGGCGCACCGAAGGUAGAAAUCUGCCCUCCAAGUCCAACACAAAAUUUAAAGUGCAAGACCGAUGGAGAGGGAAAAAGUGAAGAACGUCGUGUCAUCCUUUUCAGCAGAGACGGAAGAGGUGAAACCCAGACGUCCGAAGAGAGGAGGCAGGAUGAAGACGACGAAACGGGACCAAAACCAAUGCUGCCAUACUCCUCCAUGUUUAUACUGUCCCCUACGAAUCCCAUAAGAAGAGCCGCCCAUUGGGUCGUGAACCUUCGGUACUUCGACUUCUUCAUAAUGGUGGUGAUAUCGCUAUCGAGUAUCGCGCUGGCUGCCGAGGAUCCUGUCUGGGAAGACGCGCCGAGAAACACGAUCCUCAAUUAUUUCGACUACGCGUUCACCGGCGUCUUCACCAUCGAGAUGGUGCUAAAGAUAAUCGAUCUCGGCGUCAUACUGCACCCGGGCUCAUAUCUGCGCGAGUUUUGGAACAUUAUGGACGCGGUCGUAGUGAUAUGCGCCAUGGUGUCGUUCACCUUCGACAUGAUCGGCAGCCCGGCCGGCCAGAACCUCUCGACUAUCAAGUCGCUGCGAGUGCUGCGGGUGCUCAGGCCACUUAAGACGAUAAAGCGCGUGCCGAAGCUCAAAGCGGUGUUCGACUGCGUGGUGAACAGUCUCAAGAACGUCAUUAACAUUCUUAUAGUAUACAUAUUGUUCCAAUUCAUAUUCGCUGUGAUCGCGGUGCAGCUGUUCAACGGCAAGUUCUUCUAUUGCUCCGACGAGAGCAAGUAUACCAAGGAGGAUUGCAAUGGUCAAUACUUCGUUUUCGAGGAAGGAAACAUGCUGCCGGAGCUCAAGAACCGGACCUGGCAACUCCAGUCCUUUCAUUACGACAACGUGAUGGUGGCCAUGCUGACGCUGUUCGCCGUCCAGACCGGCGAGGGUUGGCCGCAGAUCCUGCAAAACUCGAUGGCGGCCACGUACGAAAAUCGAGGCCCUAUUCAAAACUUUCGCAUCGAGAUGUCCAUUUUCUACAUCGUGUACUUCAUUGUAUUCCCAUUCUUCUUCGUCAACAUCUUCGUGGCCUUGAUCAUUAUCACAUUCCAGGAACAGGGAGAAGCUGAACUGCAGGACGGUGAAAUCGAUAAGAAUCAGAAAUCUUGUAUAGACUUUACAAUACAAGCUCGUCCGCUCGAGAGGUACAUGCCGAAGGAGCGAAAUAGCGUAAAGUACAAAAUCUGGAGGAUAGUCGUAUCCACGCCAUUCGAAUAUUUUAUCAUGAUACUCAUCGUAUUAAACACAUUACUGCUUAUGAUGAAGUUCCAUCGGCAAAGCGAAUCGUACAAGAACACGCUGAAGUACAUGAACAUGUGCUUCACGGGGAUGUUCACUGUCGAGUGCAUUCUGAAGAUCGCCGCAUUCGGCGUAAAGAACUUCUUCAAGGACGCCUGGAACACUUUCGACUUCAUCACGGUGAUCGGCAGCAUCGUGGACGCCCUUGUGAUCGAGUUCGGGGAGCGGUACGUGCCUAGUGGUGGCCAGCUAGGAGAAAAGAAGGAGAACUUCAUCAACGUCGGCUUCCUGAGGCUCUUUCGUGCCGCCAGGUUGAUCAAAUUGCUCAGGCAAGGAUACACGAUACGAAUUUUACUGUGGACCUUCGUACAAUCCUUCAAAGCUCUGCCUUACGUUUGUCUCCUCAUAGCGAUGCUAUUCUUCAUCUACGCGAUCAUCGGUAUGCAGGUAUUCGGUAACAUCGCGCUGGAUCCUGAGUCUUCUAUUACUAAGCACAACAAUUUCCAAAGCUUCAUACAAGGUCUGAUGCUGCUUUUUCGGUGUGCCACGGGCGAGGCCUGGCCGAACAUCAUGCUGUCCUGCGUAAAGGGUCGUCCUUGCGACCCGAAGGCCGACAAGGACGCGGACGGCUGCGGCUCCAACAUCGCCUACGCGUACUUCGUGUCAUUCAUCUUCUUCUGCUCGUUUCUCAUGCUGAAUCUCUUCGUCGCCGUCAUCAUGGACAACUUCGAUUACCUCACGCGUGACUCGUCGAUCCUGGGCGCCCAUCAUCUCGACGAGUUCGUUCGGAUCUGGGCCGAGUACGAUCCGAACGCUACCGGCAAAAUCCACUACACGGAGAUGUACGACAUGCUGAAGAACAUGGACCCGCCGUUGGGGUUUGGCAACAAAUGCCCGAAUCGGCUCGCGUACAAGAAGCUCAUCAGGAUGAAUAUGCCGGUGGACGGUGAUGGCAAGGUGAACUUCACCACCACGCUGUUCGCCCUGAUUCGCGAGAAUCUUAGCAUAAAAAUGCGAUGCGCCGACGAAAUGAAUCAAGCUAAUGACGAACUGCGGGACACGGUCAGGAGUAUCUGGCCUUUACAAGCGAAAAAGAUGUUGGACCUUUUGAUACCUAGGAACGAAGAGUUGAACAGAGAUAAGCUCACCGUGGGUAAGAUAUACGUCUGCCUUCUGAUACUCGAAAGCUGGAGGUCGACGAAGUUUGGUCAGCUAAAGUCUAUCGAACAGAACGAUAACGAUCUUAUCGAUAACGAUAAUGCUGGGCAAAGUCCUGCAGCCCAGGCGUCUUCGGCCUUCCUCAACUGCCUGCUGGACAUGGCGGCGGUAAAUCACACCGGAAAUAAUCACGGAGCUGGAAGUAGGGCGAACAGCCUCGAACCGGUGAUACGACCGGCCACGGACGCGAAGCUCGAACGCCACAAAGAUCAGAGGGAUGAGGAGGAUGGAAUCAUGGGCGUCCUCGCAGCCGCCGAGCACAGACGUCAGCGUAGCAUCAGAAACAAAAAGGUGAACUGGAAGAUGUCUCGCCAGUACGAUAUACUAGGCAGCAGCGGAGAGAGUAGCCAGGGAGGGGGUGGGUCUGGGGUUGUACUCGUAGUUAAUGGCGAGGAUCGCGCCCCCGAGCUAGAGCCAUUGCUGGCCGAGGUGCCCUCCCAGCGGGAUGAUCAAAACAACUACUACCAUCACCAUCACGACCAAUACUACUACGAUACCGACAAUGAUCAAUACUAUGACCAUCACCAAUACUACCACCACCACCACCACCAUCACCAUCAUGAUCAUCAUGACCACCGACCACCCUCGUACUAUCAACACCAGAACACCUACGUACCUCGCUCCUCGAUCCGUUACCACAAGGAGCUGCAAGACGUCGUACCGUCCGACUCGCGUGCCGGUAGCCUCGAGAGUCUCACGCAUCCUGGUGACCGAGUCCUUCGUCCGCAUCAUCCCUCGGCGCCUCCACCGAGGCGUUCGCGAUCGCCAAGUAUAAGAAGACACUCGCCAAUAAUGCCUAGAUCGCCAUCGCCAAGGCGACACGGUCGAUACGACCAUCACGGUCAUUACCACGAAGGACCAGGGUUUAGCGACACCGUUAGCAACGUCGUCGAGAUACAAAGGCACACAACAACACAUCACCACGCAUCACAGUAUAAUCAUCGGCAUAGGAUACGAGAUUAUUACGACCACUGCGACUAUUACGACGAUGGUCCGUGGAGCGCCUCGACGAGCCCGGCCAGAUCGCCGAGUCCGGUUCACCGGAUCGAGCGCGGUCAUUACGGUACGACCAGUCUGGAGCAGCGUUCGAGGAGCCCGAGCCCGAUAGGCGGCAGUCGUCCCCAUCAUCAUCAUCAUCGCCAUCAUCCGCAUCAACACAGCUACCCGGUGCUGGUCGCGAGACGGGGCCAGGGUCGCCGACUGCCGCCGACGCCGAACAAGCCGUCGACCCUGCAGCUGAAGCCGGCCAACAUCAAUUUUCCCAAGCUGAACGCCUCGCCCACCCACGGACCGCACGUGAUGGCGCCGAGCGGACCCCCGCACGCGCCAGUAGGACCCGUGCCGGGCCACGUGCUGCAGCACCCGCAUCCGCCGUCGCACAUACCGUCGGGCCACCAUCCGCUGAGCUUCGAGCAGGCUGUCGCGAUGGGCCGCGGCGGUCGUCUGCUGCCUAGCCCGGUGCCCAACGGCUACAAGCCGCAACCGCAGUCCAAACAGAGAGCGCCCAGGUCGAGGCACUCGGACAGUGACGAAGACGAUUGGUGCUAGCCAAAGUGGGACCCUGGACGGUGGUCCGGUGACGUGGACGCCCCCAGGCGUCUUAGGGUUUGCGCGUGAUGGUCGUCCACGUAGGACGCGCGUUAAUUACGCUGUGAGGGCAACGGAAGUGCCGCGGUCGACGGGCCCGGAGUCGGUCAAAAACGGUUCCGCGAAGGAGCGGUCCACGGCAUUGCGGCAUGUUCCGGCACAUUGGCGACCGAAAGGGGUCUAAGAGAGUUGAAGGCCGGAGAAGACAAUUCGACCGGUGUUCGGAUCGAUCUCGAAGGCUGAACACGGCGACCGAACAGGGUCAACGAAAAGAGAAAAAUACACGAGAAAAACGAUUUGAUUUUUCGCAAAAUACAAGGGAGAUUAAUGAGAGCAAAUCAUUAACAAGAUGAUGAAUCCGCGAAUUCUACGAUCGAGAUGCAAUCAAACGGCUGUGCUCGAAGAUUCGACGUGGAGUCUAAAGACCGAGCCAGCGGGAUCGGCAAUAGGAAUAAUCGCGCCUGGCGCAAAGCAGAAAGGUGUAAAUUUUAUUCAAUCGCCGACGUCGGGGACGCUUUACGACGGCGCGAGGCGACGGUCGGCGACGAUCGGUCUCUCGAGAUCGCAAGCGGUGGCUAUAUACAUCGAGAGACAAGUCGGUGGUGGGUUGCAGUGAAACUCGUCGUGCGCGACAGUGAUAGAGAAAUCGAACGGACGUUUCGGGAGCUCGAACCCUCCAACUGUACGCGCAUGAGUUGAUAUUUCAAUCUUCCCUCGCGUCGAUCGAGCGAGGACCGCCGGGGAGGAACCUACUUUUUAUACGAUUUUCCGGAGGAGAGACUCGUCGAACGCCCGAAUGCGCUGUGAUCACCACAAAACGUUCUCUUAUGUGUGUGUAUGUGUGUAUGUUUAUGCAUGUAUGUACGUACGUAUGAUCUUGGCAUGUAUGCGUAUGAAACCCCCCUUCCCCCACAAUUCGUCGGAAAUCGCGACUGAUGUAUCGAAUCGUUCCACCUCCGUGGAAAUGCCGAUAAUUAGCGAGUUAGUUUCAAUGUUCAACGACGACGUUGAUUAAGAGACACCGAUCGAGGGAGACUGAAGCAAGCAGAAAAAGCGAUCGUCUAGGAUCGCCGCUUUCAGUUUACGAAAAAAUAAAAAA